AUGAUUUUCAAUUUGAAUUAUCCAUUAAAGGCUUUUCGAGCAAACUUGAGACGAGCAAACUUGAGACGAGCGGUUCGUCAUCAGAAGCUUGACCCGUCCGCGAUUCAUGGUGUGACUCAGUUCUCCGAUUUGACUCCCGGUGAGUUCAGGAAAAGGUUUUUGGGGUUAAGGAGGUUGAGAUUACCUAAAGAUGCGAACCAGGCAUCGAUUUUGCCUACCGAUAAUUUGCCUGAGGAUUUUGAUUACAAAGAAAAAGGAGCUGUUACGCCGGUCAAAAAUCAGGGUUCAUGUGGAUCAUGCUGGUCUUUUAUUACAACAGGAGCCUUGGAAGGUGCUAAUUUUUUGGCAACUGGAAAACUCGUGAGCCUUAGUGAGCAACAGCUUGUUGAUUGUGAUCAUGAGGUUUGA